CAUCGAAAGUACCUUGCAUAGGUAAAAUUUAAGCAUAUCUCGAGUUUUUUAAAGGUCCUAUAAGCUAUUGUGUUUCAACGAAACGUGGAAGCUGGCGACGAAGACCGAAGCGGAAGACGGACGGAACGUUCGAGGCGGUUGAGGAGGAAACGGAUCUUCGGGCGAGGCUCAAGAUCAUCACUUUGAUCGAUCCGUCGCUGUACGUCCACAUCGAGAACGAGGAAUCUGCGCGGACAGCCUGGGACAGUCUGGAGAACGCGUUCAAAGAAAAGGGCCUGGUCCAACAGGUCGGCCUUCUCCACAAGCUUCUCCGUUUGACCCUGGAAGCGUGCAGUUCGAUGGAGGAUUACGUGAAUCAGGUGAUUUCUGCCACGAACCAGCUCAGGAACGCGGAUUUCAACAUCCCGGAUCUGUGGGUCGGAAUGCUCCUGCUCGCGGGACUUCCGAAGGAUUUCAAGCCCAUGAUCAUGGCGUUGCAGAGUUCCGGCGUGGCCAUCACCGGGGAUGUCAUAAAAACCAAGCUUCUCCAGGAGGAGAAAGUUUUCUAUGGCAAAAAGCAAAACAGUCCGGCUUUCGCAACCACCAAACAACCUGGUCAAAAGCAGCAGCAGCCUACUUCGUCCAAAGGUCCCAAGUGCAGGAAGUGUCAAAAGUUUGGCCACAUCGCUAAGGACUGCAAGGACAACAAGGAGCAGAAGAUAGGUGGCAGCACGUUUUGCACCGUGCUUUCGACGUUCGAUUUGGGCGACGCCGAUGACUGGAUCUUCGACUCGGCCGCGUACGCUCACAUGACGGCCAACAGGAGCAUGCUGUUCCGGCGGCAAGAACAGCGUGACGGUCAGUGAAGUGCAGUUGAUUCCGUCGAUUGCGGCGAACCUUCUCUCCGUGAGCAAGAUUGUGGAGAAGGGUUACACGGUGAACUUCACGAACCGAGGAUGUGAGGUGUUCAACUCCGACGGCGACCUGGUAGCGACUGAGAGCCACGUCAACAACCAGUUCAUGUUUUAUGUUUUAUGUUUUAUAUGAGGGAAAAGCCCGUUUGAGUGGAACGCCUACCGAUGGGUCCUUCUCAAAUAGGCACAAAACCUCUUACUUUUUUAUUAUCAACAGAUUUUACAAUCCAAAUGACAUAGAGGAUAUAUACAAUCAAACUUAAGCUAACAAACUAAACUAGCACAAUGUAAAAAUAAAUAAAUAAAUAAAG